AUGGUUAUCAACGGUGAAUCCAAAAAUGGUACUUGUCAUGUCACUACAGUAAAGGACUUGAACUUACUCGGACUAGACUUCAUCGAAGCAUUCAACCUGUGGAACAAGCCACUCGCCUCCGUUUGUAAUCGAGUUAAUCAAUCUAAUUUCAAUCUCGAUUGUGGAAACCGAUACCUAAGGCGAUACCCCGAAGUUUUCAAAGACACACUGGGGCACUGUACUAAAACAAAGAUCAAAUUGUUUCUGAAAACAGAUGCGAAACCGGUUUUCCGUCCCAAGCGACCAGUACCGUUCCACAUUGUUCAGAAGGUUGACGAGGAGUUGAACCGUUUACAGCAACUCGAUAUAAUCACUCCAGUGGAUUUUUCCGAGUGGGCAGCACCGAUCGUCGUAGUAAAGAAGCCAGGUGGGAAGGUGCGAAUUUGCGCUGACUAUUCGACCGAACUCAACGCUAUUCUGGAACCCCACCACUAUCCUCUUCCGACACCCGACGACAUCUUCAGCAAACUUGCAGGCAGCAAGAUUUUCAGUAUUAUCGAUCUAUCCGACGCUUAUUUGCAAGUUGAAGUUAACGAUGAUUCCAAAAAGCUCCUGACUAUCAACACGCAUCGAGGCCUGUUCCAGUUCAAUCGGUUGGCUCCAGGAGUAAAAUCAGCACCCGGUGCAUUUCAACAACUGAUGAGCAGUGUAAUCGCUGGUAUUGAAGGAGUAGAGUCUUUCCUGGACGACUUCAUUAUCCACACAGUAACAGAAACGGGCCACGAUCGAACACUGAACGCUCUAUUCAGCCGUCUUCAAGAAUUUGGGUUCAAUCUACGAUUGGAAAAAUGCAAUUUUGGUCAAUCCAGCAUAAAGUUCAUUGGUCAUAUUGUAAGUUCCAACGGUAUACAGCCAGAUCCAGCAAAAAUCGGCGCUAUCACGCAGAUGCCACGACCUACUGAUGUCAGCCAAGUCCGAUCGUUCUUGGGAGCCGUUAACUUUUACGGUAAAUUCGUUAAAAAAAUGCACCAAUUGCGACGACCGUUGGACAAUUUGCUGAAGAAAGACUACCAAUUCGUUUGGAGUCAGCAGUGCCAAGAGUUUUUCGUUAAAAUCAAGAAAGUACUUCAAUCGGAUCUCUUACUAACUCACUACAACCCUGCUUUGGACAUCAUCGUAGCAGGAGAUGCCUCGAAGACAGGAAUAGGUGCCGUUAUCAUGCAUCAGUUUCCAGAUGGGCAAAUCAAAGCCAUUGCUCACGCUUCAAGGACACUGACGCAUCCGAACAAAACUACAGUCAAGUGGAGAAAGAAGCACUCGCUUUGGUGUUUGCCGUGA